UAGAGAAUGAAGAACUGUGCUCCAUAUGCAGUGUUUAUACCGGAGUGGAAGUCCACCCUUGCCGUGUCUGUUGUAAAGUGUUUCAUGAACUGUGCCUAAAGAAGAAAGGCAAGUUGUAUGACCAUACAGAACUGGACACCUUUAGGAAGGCAAAUACAGAUAAAGGAUGGAGCUGUCAUGACUGUGAAAACUUGACAUCACUUCUAACUGAUGAUGAAAUGCAACAAUUAAUAGAAAAUUUCGAUAGACUGGAUGUUAACCAAGACACUCAGGUAAAUGAGGAUGAAUAUCUACGAUACAAAACAUCCCAGUACAAGGAUAUGCAUCAUGAGCACAUGCCAGCAUAUAUGGAAGAGGAGACUCGAAAUGAGUUUAAACGAAUGGACAAGGAUCAAACUGGCACAAUUGAUUGGUGGGAAUUCCUUAAUCAUGAAGCAUUGAAAAUUAUCAGUAAAAACAGGAGUAAGUUUCAGCUGGUGAGAAUGCUAUCCCCUAUAGAGAUACAAAAGACCAGGGAUAUUUUCCAUGCAUUUGACAAAGACGAGGAUGGCUACAUCAAUUCGCACGAGGUAGCAGUAGGAUUUACUCGUUGGUUUGGAAACUUGCGAGUUUUUGAUCAAGACCAAAGGUCAUGGAGUGGAGGUAGCUCAUUUGGAAGAGCCCUUGAUCGUAAGGAUGUCUCUGGACAUAUUGAUCGCCAGUCCAGUAUAUUUAUGGACGCAGAUGCUGACCGUAACAGAUUGGUUUCUUGGGACGAGUACUUAAGAGAGCAGGCGCUGUAUAUUCUGGCAGCGAGACCAAAUAUUUAGAGACAGACACACCCAAGAAAAAUGUGCGUUGGGAAGCCAGAACCCAGGAUUAUUGUACUGUCAGAGGACAAGUCGCUCUUUACGGACAGUUUUGUUUGUUAUAACGAAACCCACACAUAUUCUCUCUAACAAUAGUGGACACUUUCCUGUGAUUUAAGUGACAAGUUUUCGAAACCUUGCUUUAUGGACACUGGUUAUAUGUGCACUGUGUAUAAUAAUAUUCUGUUGUCAGGAUGAUGUGCUAAUUGAACAAUGUGAGAAAAUGAUUCAUGUUUUUUUUUUUUUGGCUUCUGUUGCUACGCAACACUAGCCACCAUCUUAUUUUCCAAUGCUAAUACAGUAGCAUCAAAGCUUUACAACUCAAAUAUAAAGGCAGUGCUCCUUUACAGCUUGGAAAGCUGGAAAACAACUCAGGAGAUAGUUAUAAAGCUGAGGUUUUUGCUGCGGAGCGAGCGUAGCGAGCGAGCAGCAACAUAAUCAGGAUUUAAGAAGAAUAUUUAGAAGGGGGUACGAAUUCUCGAAUUCAUCACUUUUUACCA